AAAGAUGCUGAGAUGAAUGCGGUUCAUAAACUGAUAGUUCAGUGUUGUCUAGCUGCUUAUUUCGUCAGUUGCGGACGAUUUACACAUGACGAACCGGAUUAUAAUAAAAUAGAAUAUGGGGGAAUAUUGCACAAAAAGGAUGAAUCUGUUUCAAAGCAGGACAAGGAUAUUAUAGCGGUUAUUCAGUUUUCCUACAACUUCGUGAAGGAGAGGUUUCCUUUGUCAGUUCCUGACUUUCUCAACCAAACUAAGACUUCUGAUAUCCAGAAACUUGAGCUGGUGUACUCUAUUGAUGAAGAAAACCCUAUCUACCAGGAGGACCUGCUCGAGGAUGGACAUGAUGGUGUGUCACCUCUCCAUCUCAUCCUGUUCGGAUUCCUGUACAAAUUUACAUUGUACUGGGAGACAGAGAAGACAGCUGGCUUUGCACACCAGUUUGCAGUCUCUAUGUUUCCGAAAGAAGUUCUGAGCAUUUAUUCUCACACCUUUUUGGAUCUUCACUCACAUACACAGAGACCAUCAACAUCAGUGCCCUGUGGAAAUAACCCACAACCAAUGGAUAUCCAAUCAGAUGUUUUGUUACAAAGUGAUGAAGGCAGCCAGGAGUAUUCACCUAAGGAUGCUAGUCAUUGGUUGAAAGAUUCACAAAAACUAUCAUGCGAGGUGGAACCUGUCAACUUAGAAAAUGGAUAUUCAUCAAAACGUAAUUUUACAGUGAUGAGCUUUAAUACAUGGAACAUGAACUCAUUGUCAGGGAAAGAUAAACAUUAUGUGAAGAGAAUUAAAGAUUUUGGAGAGGUGUUGGCUAAAACUAAACCAGAUAUCAUAGGUUUCCAAGAAGUUCGCUAUGAGUAUUCCAAGGGGGGACAACUUGGUCCAAGUCAGGUUCAGCAUCUGGCUGAUAUGUUGGAGGGCUAUCAGUUUGUAUUUCAACCUGGCCAACUGCAGCCAAACAGUCUGUACGAGGGUCGUACGGAGGAGGGUGUGGCAAUCUUCUCGAAGUACCCAAUAAUUUCAGUCAAUCAUUUGCUUCUCUUCAGGAAUAGAUCCAAUAGUGCUGACACUCAUCAGAGGGUGUGUCUCCAUGCUGUCGUCUCUCAUUCCACAGGGAAAACACAUAUUUUAAAUACACACCUCUCACUGAGCCAUGAAGCCAGGGAGAAAGCAGUUGUGGAGAUAUGGAGAUAUGUCCGACAACUUCAGGGACCUGUUAUAUUUAUGGGAGAUCUGAAUGCAGAACCGGAUGAACGAGCAAUAAAAUUUUUACGAGGAGAGGUUUCCCUUGAAAAACAGCAAACUACAGGUUUUGUAGAUGUUUGGUUUGAGUCCCAUGGCAGAGAAGUGCCUGGUCUUACAUAUAAUACACUGAAAAAGGAACUGUCUAAACGAAUUGAUUACAUCUUUAUGAAGAAGUCCAAAGACAUGCAGCUUGUUGAAGUUACAACACCUGACAACAAACAAAGAGGACAUAAAGCUGCUUCAGACCAUUUGCCUGUAUUUGCCAAGUUUACACUCGCCACUCCUAACACGUGACCCCACUAUACUGAUCAUCUCAGGUCUAAUCAUUAGCUCACCUGCCCAAAGGGCAAGUGAGCUUAUGCUGUGGUACGGUGUCCGUUGUCCGGCAGGCUUCUUCUCAAUAACCAAGAGGCCCAGGGACUUAAUAUUCGGCCUGUAGCAUGCUUGGGUGAAGGGCUACCAAGUUUGUUCAAAUGACCUUCAUUUAGGGUUACAUGGGUCAAAUAGGCCCUAAAUCUUCAAAGAACUUUUUCUUAAUAACCAAGAGGUCCAGAGACUUGAUAUUAGGCCUGUAGCAAGCUGGCGUGAAAACAUACAAAGUUUGUUCAAAUGAAAGACCUUGACCUUCAUUCAAGGUCACAUAGGUCAAAUAGGAUAAAAUCUUCAAAUGACUUCUUCUUAAUAACCAAGAGUUCCAGGGACUUAAUUUUCGGCCUGUAGCAUUCUUGAAUGCAGGACUAGAAAAUAUAUUGACAUGAAUGAACCUUGCCUACUCUUAUAUUUGAAUAAAAUGGUAAUCAGCAUAGUAUCUGUAAAAAUGACCUAGAUUAACUUUAAAGUUGCUGUAGAGCCAGGUGAGCAAUACAGGCCCGUUUGUUAAUUAUGUGAUACGGAAGGACAGCCAUUUUGAAAACCUGAUCCUGGGAUAUGGUUUUCUAGUUAAAAAUAUUGGUGCAUUUUUAAUGUUUUCAGAUAUGUUUUUGUUAUUUAUAUUAGUAAAUUGACUACUUCAUUCAUGAUUUUUAUGCCGAUGAGUAAAUCUGUACAUGUAA